AUGGCCGCCUCCCGCGUCGCCCAGAUCGCGGCCCAUCUCAAUUUCCCCAAGGGAAUGUUGGCGGGUCAAGUUGCCAUUAUCACAGGCAGUGGCCAGGGCAUCGGCGCCGAAGCAGCUCGCCUGUUUGCUAAUGAGGGCGCAUUAGUCGUCGUCUCAGAUAUUGACGCCGAGAAGUCAGCAUCAGUUGCUGAGAGCAUCAACUCCGCCGGUGGAAAGGCGCUCGCCGUGCCUGGCGACAUGUUGGAUUCCAAGUAUAUCGAGACGCUUGUUAAAAAGGCCGCUGAGUUCGGCUCCGGUAAAAUCCACAUUAUAGUCAACAAUGCAGGAUACACAUACGACGGCGUCAUCCACAAGAUGACAGACAAGCAGUGGGAUACCAUCAUGGACUUGCAUACAAAGGCUCCCUUCCAGCUGGUCCGCGCUGCAGCGCCCUACUUUCGGGUCAAGGACGGGGAGCCCAGAUGUGUGGUCAAUAUUUCCAGCACCUCGGGCAUCCACGGCAACGCGGGGCAAGCGAACUACGCUGUGGCCAAGGCUGGCGUCACAGGUCUGACCAAGACGAUCGCAAAGGAAUGGGGCCCUGCCUUUGGUGUGCGGGCCAACACCGUGGCUUUCGGUCACAUUUUGACACGCUUGACGCAGGCAAAGGAGCAGGGUGCCUUUGUGACGGGCCCCAAUGGCGAGAAGAUCGCGCUGGGUAUCCCCCAGGCACAGCAGGCCACUAAAGAUCAGCACCUUGACAUCCCAUUGAGGAGGCCCGGCACAGCGUCUGAGGCAGCUUCGGCUGUUCUUGCUGUUUGCAGUCCCUUGUUCAGCUAUGUGUCUGGGCAGACUAUUAUGGUAACUGGAGGGCGCAAUAUGUAG